UAAACUAUUUUCGUGAUUUUCUGCGAAUUUAGACUUUCCCGGCGAAUGUCGAUGAUGAAGUCUUCUCGGCUUAUCAGCCGAGUCAAGGCGCCGUUCUGUGGUAACGAUUUAUCAACUUUCCUACUUGUCAUCUUCAGGAGAAGUGUUGGGUUCGUGUCCUGUCCGGUUCUCUAUGGCCGCCUGCACCGCAGGUACCUCUGCCUCGUCAGUACCAAUGUGUGUCUCCGGAAGGGCGCUCGCGGCAGUCGUGUGCUCUGCAGCGCGGGCAGGCCGCGUGCCGACGACGACAGAGACGCCUUGUCCCAGGAUGUGCAUCGCCGGCCAGCCGUCCGUCUGCGCUGAGGUCUCUCCCGGAAGGUACAUCACGUACUCCGGCGCAUGCAUGAAGCGCAUGUGCGAGUGUAUGCUCGAUAGAAGCCUGACCCAGGUGGACAUGAGCUUGUGCCGGGACGCUCUCAGAGACAAGUGCCCCCUUCGCGUGGCUGCUGUGCAGACGCCAGCAGACGCCGAAGACGAAGAGGACUCCCUCAGCGCGUAGACCACUGGCCGACUUACAAGCUGCAAAUGGGCUACUGGGCAUUUCUCAACUAACCACUGGGUUGCUACGUUUUCGAUCGUCUUACUUAAUGUACACUACUUCACUCUAUUUUAUUCAUUUUCGUGUAUCUACUGUGAACUACUAUAUAUAUAUAUAUAUAUAUAUAUAUAUAUAUAUAUAUAUAUAUUACUCUUCUCCUUGUCUUUUUAACGUUGUUCCCGAUAAAUCAAACAACAAAAUUGUAAGUUUUUCACUAUUUUUAAAAUAUGUGGCUUGCUACAUCUGCUCACUGGCUUUGGCUAUCAUCUGUGGCCUUUGAGUGGAAAGUACUUCAUCUCUCUUCUGUUGCUACAGGAAUUACAUUGCAAAAAGCAA